UGAGCUUGAACUAGGCAUGCCCGAAGAUCUCUACCAUCUGGGGACCUUCCAUCCUCUCUCUGGCUUUCCCUUUCAGGAUUCCCAGGAGCCAUGUUGUCAGAAAUCCUGCUGGUGUCUGCUCCAGGGAAAGUCAUCCUGCAUGGAGAGCAUGCGGUGGUCCAUGGCAAGGUAGCACUGGCUGUGGCCUUGAACUUGAGAACGUUCCUCCGGCUUCAACCCCACAGCAAUGGGAAAGUGGGCCUCAACUUGCCAAACAUUGGCAUCAAGCGGGCCUGGGAUAUGGCCAGGCUUCAGCUGCUGGACACGAGCUUUCUGGAGCAAGGUGACGUCACAGCGCCCACCCCGGAGCAAGUGGGGAAGCUGAAGGAGGUGGCGGGCCUCCGCGAGGACUGUGCCGACGACCACGAGCGCCUGGCUGUGCUGGCCUUCCUUUACUUGUACCUGUCCAUCUGCCGGAAGCAGAGGGCCCUUCCCAGCCUGGACAUCACCGUGUGGUCGGAGCUGCCCCCCGGUGCUGGCUUGGGCUCCAGUGCCGCCUACUCCGUGUGUUUGGCAGCCGCCCUCCUGGCCGCGUGCAAGGAGAUCCCAAACCCGCUGAAGGAUGGCGAACCCACCAGCAGGUGGACCUCGGAGGAUCUGGAGUUAAUCAACAAGUGGGCCUUCCAGGGGGAGCAGGUCAUUCACGGAAACCCCUCCGGAGUGGACAACGCUGUUAGCACCUGGGGAGGGGCGCUCCGCUACCAACAAGGGAAGAUUUCCUCCUUAAAGAGGCCACCGGCUCUGAAGAUCCUGCUGACCAACACCAAAGUCCCCCGCAGUACCAAGGCUCUCGUGGCCGGCGUCAGGAAGAGGCUGCUCAAGUUCCCGGAGAUCGUGGGCCCCCUCCUGGCCUCGAUAGAAGCCGUUGCCCUGGAGUGCGAGCGAGUGCUGGGAGAGAUGGCGGUGGCCCUGGCCCCGGAGCACUACCUUGUGCUGGAGGAGCUCAUCGACAUGAACCAGCACCAUCUGAACGCCCUUGGGGUGGGCCACGCCUCGCUGGACCAGCUCUGUCAGGUGACCAUGGCCCACGGACUGCACAGCAAGCUCACUGGCGGGGGCGGCGGGGGCUGUGCCAUCACGCUCCUCAGGCCAGAUCUUGAGCGGCCAGAGGUGGAGGCCACGAAGCAGGCGCUGACCGGCUGUGGGUUUGACUGCUGGGAAACCAGCAUCGGUGCCCCCGGCGUCUCCGUCCACUCAGCCGCCUCCCUGGAUGCCGCCGUCCGGCAGGCCCUGGACGGCCUCUGAGAUGAGCCCCACCAGAAGCCCCAUCCUGGAUUACUCUGGGUGCUGGAAUUCGCCUCUGUGCUGGCCAGUGGGCGCCCGGCUCUCUGUGAGUCCC